UCUCGUCCCUUCACCACCACUCGCUCCCUCAACUCGCGCCUGCGCCAGCCGGGCGAGCCCACAGGACCAAACGAACCCCCACGCCAUACCACGGCCCCACCAUCCAAGUCUCCCAUUAAGAUUUGGCCGAUCGUAGCCAUCCUAGUGGCCGGUACAUACUUGUUUAAGAAGAUUGUAGACCAGCGUAGGGGUACAUAUAACGCAGCGGACAAGCCCGUCUCGGGACACUCUCCUUCU